AUGCCUAAUAACGUGGAUUUAUUUUGGCAGUACCUGCCAACAUCCAACUCAACCGCUCUUGCUAUAACGUUAUGUCUAGCGACUAUCAUCUGCUUUGUUGUUUUCACGCGAGAGUUAACGCCGUUACGCAAUGUCCCUGGACCAUUUCUCGCAAGUCUUAGCAACAUAUGGCUGUUUCGGCAGACGAAAACUUUCCAACGUCCUCUAAUUGAUAUGGAACUACACAAAAGAUAUGGGCCAAUUGUGCGCAUUGGACCAAAAGAGGUCAUGGUUUCAAGUCCAAGUUCUCUUAAGACUAUCUACGGUGCUGGAAGCGCUUUUAAAAAGGCCGAUUGGUACAUCGCAGUCACCGAUUGCGGCUGGGGUGGUCCAGAUCGACUUAGCCUUCUUGGAGAGAAGAACAUGGAGAAGUAUCGUCUUCAAAGGAGGAAUCUAGGGCCUGCUUAUACUGUUGAUGCUGUUAAAGACUACGAGGAGAAUCUUGACAGCAUUCUUGAGCAGAACAUCAACACCAUGCGAGAGCAGAGCGGAACAGCUUAUGAUCUAGAUAACUUUCUCAACUUCUUCACAUCCGAUUGCUUGUCUGGCUUAACAUUAGGAACGAGCAAGAGUUUGCUCAAAUCUCAAGUAGAUGAUGGUACAAUUGGCGGUAUCCACCACGCAUGGAUGUACAUGCAUGUUGUGGGAUUCUUUCCACUCAUCCACAGAGCAAACACGGCUUUUAAAGUACUCAUGACUUCUCCAACAAUAAUUUCUUUUCAAAAGUGUGUCAGAGCCUGUAUUCCAGCGAUAUUACGUCGUGUUGAUGAUGAACAGGGGAACCCAAAUCCUUACAAAUUUCAGAUGGAUUUAAUUUCCAACCGAUUGUCGAACAAACCAACAGAAUCGUCACUGAAGCCGCCGAAAGAUGUUCUGGACAAAUUGCUACAUCUCCAGCUGACCCGUCCUACUUUGAAGGAUAAAGAUCACUGGAUACAAUCAAUGGCUCUUACCAAUUUUGGCGCAGGAGUGGAAACUACUGCCAUUACCAUAGGCUUUCUGAUCGAUAACAUUAUCAGUCAUCCAGGAUGUCAACAAAAGGUCCACGCUGAAAUUGAUCAGGCUCAUCGAGACGGCGAGCUUCCUGCCGGUAAAGUGCUUAAAGUACGAGAUAUUCAGGAUCAUCUUCCUUACCUCAAUGCUUGUCUUAAGGAGAGCAUGAGAUUGCACAGCGUCGUAGGGAUGCCUCUUCCUAGAGCUGUUCCUGAAGGAGGAGUGACAUUGGAAGGAUAUAUGAUACCCGCAGGAACAACUGUUGGUAUAAAUUCUUGGGUUCUGGGAAGGGACAAGUCACUCUACAGUGAAGAUGCCGAGGAAUGGAGACCUGAGAGAUGGCUUGAGUAUUCGUCCGAAAAGCUCAAGCAACUUGAAUCUUACAAUUUCUCUUUCGGCGCCGGCGCACGUUCAUGUCCAGGAAAACAUCUCGCACAGGCUAUCUAUCUGAAGGCAAUUCCUAUGCUCUUCGAUCAUUUCGAAUGGAGAUUUCGUGAUUCAACUCCCGAAAAGAAGAUACAAUGUACAUUCUCGACUAGGUAUGUCGGAUUGAUGGUGCAAUGGAAGGAAAGAAAGACGGCCGUGGAGCACGAUUGA